CAUCAUUUUUUAAUGUUAUAAGUUGUGAAAAGGCUAUAUUGCACUGAUACGUUAUUUUUACCACUUUAUUAUAAAACAUGGGAAAGAAAAUUAUACACCUUACAUAUUUCCUAUUUUGUAUCUUAACCUUGAUUAAAAAAUAAUUGUCAUUAGUUCAAUGGCAAAUAUAACUUCAAUGUUGUCAAUAGGACGACAUGAUAUUUGUUCUGAAGAUAUUGCCAACAAUUGCAUAAAUGUAACUGGUAAUGAUUGUAAUAAUUCAAAAACAUUGGAAGAUUUACAAUGUUUUGUAUGUGAUGCAAAAAUUCAAGGACGUUAUUAUGCUUUGGCUACAUGCAGAACACAGAUAUCAAGAACUAGAGUAAUAGAAAAACUUGGAGAAUUAGUUGGUGAAAGAUAUAUGGUAGUGAUAUCAGAAGAUGAUGUAAUUUGUCGAAGUUGUGCUAAUCUUAUUAAUACACUUGAUAAACUUGAUGUUGAAAUGUGUAAUGUACGUGAUAAUAUUUUGAGAUUCUUGGAACAAAAAUAUUCUUUAGAAAAGGGAGAGCUUCUUGGUAAUGAGAAACAAAAGCGUUCUCAACCACCACAGAUUACAAAAUGUAACAAUCAAGCUGUAACUAAUUAUCCAACUAGGAAAGAUGUUACCUUAUCCUCAAAUAUUACUGAAAAAUCCAAACAUAAAAAGAAUAAUAUUUGGUUGCAAUGUGAUAAGUGUCAAUAUACCACACUUCAUAAUUCAUUUAUGGUGCAUCAUAUUAGGGAUCAUAUUAAACAAAAAAUAUUUUGUGAUAAAUGUGGUGUGCAAUUUUAUGAAAGUCAACAAGACUCACAUAAUUGUAAUAUGAAAGAACAUAUAAGUGAUCAGACUAAAAUUCAAGAUAAACAAGCAGAAUCAUCUUUAAAAAGUAUUGAUGAAACUAUAUUGGAUAUUCCAAUUUUGGAAAGAAAUGUACAGCAAAAUGUACCAAUUAUGACUAUUGAAACAUAUUCUGGAUCACAAAUUUCAAAUCAUAAUGAAAAUAUUCCUAUAAUAAGAUUAUCAAAUUCUGAAAAUUUAUCAAUACAAAAUAUUUUAACUUCUGAGAAUAAUUCUGCAAAUGGUCAACCAAUAUAUGUACGUAUUUUACAACCUGUUGAAACUAAUGAAGUACCAACACAUCCUACAGUGAUGGUAUCACAUUCUGAUACAGAUUUAGCUAUGAAGCUUAAAGAUAAUUCAGAAAAACAAAUUUUAACAUUGACAGAGGAUGGUAAUUUGGAAAUGACAGAAAUAGCUUGCUGGAAUGACAUACAAUCAUCAGAGUCACAAUCCAAUAUAAUGUUUCAAUAAGUCAAUUUAUUAAAUUAGAUAAAAAUUUUAUUUACUUAUUUUUAUCAAUACCAUAAAUAACAGUUAUUUACAUUUGCAAUAA